GAAUGGACAAGUGUGACAUCGUACCUUAAAAAUUUAUUUUUUCCACAAUAGAGUUUUUUUUUUAUGAUAAUUUAGUUUCUUUUCUCUCUCUUUUUUUCCUCUCAUUGUACACUAAAAAAAAAACCCUAUUAAAAGAAAUGCCUAGAGUAUGUAAAUCAGGAACAUCUGAUCUUGUAGUAGAACAGUUAAAAGUGCUCGAAGGGAAACAACGGAAUGCUCGGUUUAAGCCUUCUAAAAGACAAAGCUUGCAUCGACGCCGACAUACGAUUGAUGCUUGGCAUCAGUUUGAUGAACCUCUCAUGCCUUGUCGUCGACUUUCGUCUUCGGAUGGGUCCAGCCAUAAGAAGAACGUGCAGCCUCCCCACAAGCGAAUUUUAGUGACGGGUGGUGCUGGUUAUAUCGGUAGUCAUACCUGUCUUGAAUUAUUAAAGAAUGGAUUCGAUAUUGUAGUGAUGGAUAAUAUGGUAAAUUCGAACAAAGAGGCACUGUAUCGUGUGGAACAGUUGGCAGGUCGACCUAUUAUUUUUAUCAAGGGCGAUGUUACACGGGAAUCCGAUCUGGAAGCGAUUUUUGUCGAAUAUCAGUUUUGGGCCGUCCUUCAUUUUGCUGCAAUCAAGGCGGUGGGUGAAUCGACCCGGAUCCCUUUAGAAUACUAUCAUAACAAUUUAACAGGCACGUUAAAUCUGUUGCGUGUCAUGAACAGGCACAAUAUUAAGAACCUGGUGUUUUCCUCCAGUGCCACCGUUUAUGGCGAACCUGAAAUGAUGCCCGUUAAUGAGACCGCUCGUUUAGGUCCAGUCACAAAUCCAUACGGUAAAACCAAAUUAUUUGCGGAGGAAAUACUCGGUGAUCUUUAUGCAUCGGAUCCUCAAUGGAAUGUCGUCCUCUUGCGGUACUUUAACCCGGUGGGAGCGCAUGUAUCUGGCAUGAUUGGAGAACAUCCUCAUGGUGUACCGAAUAAUUUAUUGCCUUACGUAAUCAAAGUCUUACAAGGGCAUUUACCAUUUGUCCAUGUCUACGGUAAUGAUUAUGAUACCGUGGAUGGUACGGGAGUACGAGAUUAUAUCCAUGUGUGUGAUUUAGCCACAGGGCAUUUGGCUGCCCUCAAAAAGUUGGAAGAGAAGCCCGGAUGUAAAGCCUAUAAUUUAGGGACAGGUGCUGGCUAUUCUGUCUUGGAAAUUAUACACGCUAUGGAAAGAGCUACACAUAAAAAAAUCCCUUACAAGAUUGAAGAAAGAAGACCUGGUGACGUUGGCACUUGUACAGCAGAUGCUUCACUGGCCUAUAAAGAAUUGAAUUGGACGCCCUCCUACUCUAUGGAUGAUAUGUGUCAAGACAUGUGGAGAUGGACUCAAAGAAAUCCCAAUGGUUAUGAUGGUGAACUACUUUCUUAAAGCCCGAGGUUUUACUUUUUUAGGAAAUCUCCCUUUUUAUUAUUACUCUAUAUAUUAAUUGACUGUUUUUUUAAUUUUUUUUUCUCUCUUUCUUUUCCUCUUUAUUUUUUUUUUCCGUACUCUUUUUU